AUGGAACCCAAACCUCAGAAGAGUCCAGGCAAACAAUUUACAUUUUAUUAUGAAAAUGAAGUCUGCAAACAAGAUUACUUUAUUAAAUCACCACCUCCUCAGCUUUUCUUCUCUGCUUCCUCUUGGAAAAAGCGGUUUUUCAUUCUUUCAAAGAGUGGGGAAAGGAGCCUGCGUCUUUCCUAUUACAAAGACCAACAUCGUCGAGGGUCCAUUGAAAUUGACCGAAAUUCCAGUGUUGAAGUUGGCAUAAGUGGCCGUGAAAAAAUGCAGUCUAUACAUAAGAUGUUUAAAUGCCGCCCUGAUGAGGUGAUGUCCAUCCGAACCACUAACAGAGAAUACUUCCUCAUUGCUCAGGACAGGGAGAAGAUUAAAGACUGGGUCGGCUUCAUGUCAUCAUUCUGCCGCCAUGGAGAGCCAGCACGCCACAAUCCAGAGGAGAAAUUCUCACUGAAUGGUAAAAGGCCCUCUUCAGAGCCCAGCCCUCUCCUUGGUCCUUCCAGCACAUCAGAGGCUAUCGGCCCCACCACACCAAGAAACAGUCUUCCAGACAUGCAUUUAAUGGAAAAAAAUUCUCCAGGACAAAGACAAGCCCAUUUACUACAUUAUUUCUCGUCAGAGACUACUGAAGAUACAGAAGAGAGUCAUUAUAUUAGUCCUCAAAGUAUUCUUUUAGAGGUGGAUACUUUUGUUGCUUCCAGUGAUUCUGGUGAAUCUGCUGAAGCUGACAGUCCAGACCAGUUCUCCAAGAGAACUGAGAAUCACUACAUGUCAAUGAAAUCCUGUUUUUUCAGAGAGACAUCCCACAAGACUGCUGAUAGCGAAAAGGAAUCCCAGGCCCUUCCAGGGAGCCAGAAUAGUGGGCUUCACUUGCAAGAACAAGAUUCACAAAGUGACUCUUGUGUUCCACCUGCCAAUAUGGAAGCACAGACCAUGAAUGACAAAAAGCGGUCGGCCUCACUUACUGUUGUGCAAUUAUCUGUACUAAUCAAUAACAUCCCUGAUGAAGGCCAAGUGGAGAAACUAAAUGUGUUCCUUUCUCCUUCCGACAUCAUCAAUUAUCUUACUCUCAUAGAAGCCGCAGGACGGAUAUGUGUGGCUCAGUGGCAAGGCCCCCCGCGCCUGGGAUGCUUAUUCUUUCACGGAGAUCAUCUUUUGGCCGUGAAUGACCUGAAGCCCCAUGGCCUGGACGAGGCCUCCUUGUUUCUCAGCCGGUGUGUCCAGAAGGAGAAAAUAAAACUCACCAUCGGCCGGAUCCCAAAUUCAGAGAAGUUCCAUGCUGUCGCCUGUACGUGCCCCUUAAAAGAUGAAGGUGUUGUACCUUUUCAAGUGGAUAGCUCUGGAUCAGGGAAGACACUGAAGAGGAGCCCAGCCAUUAGAAAGGAUCCGUGCAAAGGAAGUAGAGAGUAA